AACUGCACGCAGCGGGACUUUUGUUGCUGAAAAGAAAGGGAGGAAAGCGUUGGAUGUGUAGAGAAAUUAUUUAUCUAGUGGCUAGCAAGUUUUCACGUCCCUUUCCACAAGUAGGAUAACUUUAAAUAUUCGAAAUGAUAGACAUGGUUGAAAGGGAGGACCCUAUUAUUAGCGAGGAAGAGGCUGCCCAAUAUGAUCGGCAGAUUCGACUGUGGGGUCUGGAUGCACAAAAAAGGCUGCGAGGAUCACGUGUGCUGCUGGUGGGCCUCAAGGGCUUGGGGGCAGAGGUCGCAAAAAACCUCAUCCUGGCAGGAGUGAAGGGGUUAACCAUGCUGGACCAUGAGCAGGUGACGGAGGAGUCCAGCCGAGCCCAAUUCCUGAUCCCGGUGGGCUCCGACGGGCAGAACCGGGCCCAGGCCUCACUGGAGCGGGCGCAGUACCUCAACCCCAUGGUGGAGGUGAAGGCGGACAUGGAGAGUGCUGAGUCCAAGCCGGACGAGUUCUUCCUGCAGUUCAACGCGGUGUGUCUGACCGGCUGCUCCCGUGACCUCAUGGUGCGCGUGGACCAAGUCUGCGCCCAGAGGAACGUGAAGGUCUUCUGUGGAGACGUCUUUGGUUACCACGGCUACAUGUUCUCCGACCUGGGCCCGGAGCACCACUAUGUGGAAGAGAAGCCCAAGGUGGCGAAGCCUGCACAGGAGACCAAUGAUGGGCCCGAGGCCAAGAAACCGAAGGUGGACCCCAACGAGACCACCAUGGUCAAAAAGACAGCCAGUUUCUGUCGCCUGAAGGAGGCUCUGGAAGUUGACUGGACGAGCGAGAAGGCCAAGGCCAGCCUAAAGCGCACCCCUGCCGACUACUUCCUGCUGCAAGUCUUGCUCAAGUUUCGCACGAACAAGGGUCGUGACCCUCACCCGAGCAGUUUCGCCGAGGAUGCCCCGCUCCUACGGCAGAUCCGCGACGACAUCCUGGAAGCCCAGGGGCUGAACAGUGACCUUCUCCCGGACGACUUUGUCACUUACUGUUUCUCUGAGAUGGCCCCGGUGUGUGCAGUGGUUGGUGGAGUGCUGGGACAGGAGAUCGUCAAGGCCCUUUCUCAGAGGGACGCGCCCCACAGAAAUUUCUUCUUCUUCGACGGGCUGAAGGGAAGUGGGGUGGUGGACUACUUCGGGGCCAAGUGAACAGUCCGCCAGUCUCCAGAGUGAGGAGGGGACAGCGAGUUGUCCAGAAAGCACUGGGCAUUGGGCUCAUGUCCCAAAUUCA